AUGCAAUCGCAGAAUGUGCUUGCAGCGAGUGCAUCCCGACGUUUGACGAUUUCAGAUCCGAAAGAAGUUCUGGAACUUCCAAAUCGUCUACACACUCCUGGUUAUGCGGACGAGAUCCCUAAUUCGUCGGCAGUCGACACACCGAUACCAACACGACGACGUUUCCCUCCGCUCCAGAUUCUGCCCACAAAGGACAGUUUAGAAUGUGCUAAACGGUUCAGGAUACCCUCCCUGUCGAUAGUGAUUCGAGAGCAGAACAAACAAAAUCACGGACCGAACAUUGCUACACAACAGAAGGUUCCAAUGCCGAAGUAUUUCCGGAGUAUUCAAACGAAAGAGAAAUUGUAUAUAAUCGAAAAACCAGUAGAAGAAACGAAUGAAAUUAGUGACGAUCAUGGAGCUGCCGCUGGACCUUCGAAAAGAGCUCCGGACCAGCCUAGUCAAACAAACGGACACUAUCUGUUUGUGAAGCGACGAUGUGACGGUUCACGAUAUGUCGUGAAGCGACCGGCUCGGAAUCAAAUUCUGAAGAAACGGGCUGCACAGCUUAUCCGAGAACGAACAGGCAUCAGCACCGAUGAUGACGCCAUGAGCGAGCUGAAACUCGGACACUUUCACACACGUGAGGAGCGGAAGAAGCAUUUGGAAGAGGAACGACGAAGAAAAAUUCGUAAUCAACAAAAACUCAUCGAAUCGAAGAUCUCGCCCGCCGAUCAGAUGAUCGUGCAGUUAUCUCAGCGAAAAAUGCAACGUCGUAAAGAAAAAAUGCUGUUGGACGGUUUCGUGACCACACAAGAAGUGCUCAGUCCAACGGAUCGGACACACUGCAAACAUGGGAUUUCUACUCAUGUUAUACCACCGUCGAGAAGAACACUGUUCAAUGAGAGAUUAUCAACCGAAUAA